GGACGAGAAGGUGGGAUUUUAGACGGCGAGAAUGACCCUCGCUGCUCGGACAGCCCUCAGUGGGUCGCGGCAGGGCGUCAAAUUGCCUUGUGCCGGCGUGUCAUGUCGGCUGCAGGCGAUGGGGUUCUCCGGGCACUACGACGGGCCGGUGUUCAGCCACCGCCGCAUGCCCUUCCACGGGUCGGGGCUGGUGGACACCGAACGGCGCGGCGACCCCCCUGCCUCGGCUGACCCAUGCUUCCGCAACGAGUUCAUCCAGCAGGUACAUACAGUAGGCCACUCACACACACGCGUAACUAGAUUAUGACGGACAGAUCCACCCCCCUGUGUGUGUGUGUGUGCGUGUGUGGUUGGCUGCAGGACCCUGCCAAGCACGAGGCGGACUGGAAGUACGGCCCGAAGAUCGCGCCUGCGUACGACCUGCCGUCGCUCAUCACGCCGUCUGGCGACCCGCACCAGAUGUCCAACACGUACCUGGUGCUCUUCUGGAAGUCCAUGUACCGAUACACCCACUACAACAUGAUCCGGGAGCCAACAUUCCCCAGAGAACCCGACCUCACCAGGGUCAGACACACACACGGCUUGGCGGCACUCUCUACGUCGCUCGACCUCUGCUGCCUGUCUGUCUGUCUGUGUGUCGUGUGUGACCGUGUUUGUCGGUUCGGUGUGCAGGGUGAGUUGGCUGCCGGUGCGACGGUUACGCGCACGUCGGUGUGGCAUAACCCGAACGAGCCGGCCAUCCAGUCAAUCAAGAAAUUCCACCCCGACUACUUCCGCCCCGUCGGUCUGGCGACCACGGCGCCCAACCCCACCGACUAUGGCUUCCCGGGGAUCGGCGACUUCCGAGACCAGCGGCUGCCGCGCGGACACGCCGACCGACGGCCCUGGUACUACUUCUGCCUCGCUGCAUCCACCAUGGUCAUGGGGUCGCUAAUCCGCGGCUUCGUCGUCAAGCUCAACUACCAGCUGUGGAUCUCACGCGUGAGUGGCAGGCAGGCAGGCAGGCAGGCAGGGAGAGAGGGAGGCAGGGGUGAAGGGGAUGAUUGCCGGACCAUGGACGGCAUGGACGGCUGUGUUGGUCUGUCUGUCUGUCUGUUCAUGUGUGGUACGUAUGUGUGAAGGAUAUGGAGGCCUUGGGGAAUGUCGAGGUUGACACGAGCCAAAUCAUGCCUGGCCAAAACUACACCACCCGCUGGCGCGGCAAACCCAUCUUCAUCAGACGCAGGACACCCGAAAUGAUCGCCGCUAGCCGGUAGGUACCCACUCCCCCUCCCACCUCAACUCGCUCCUGCACACGUGCGUGUGUGUAUUGAUGUGAUGGCAUGCAGUGCGGACGACUCGCACUGCAAGUCUUUCAAGGACCCCGCGACGGACGCCGAGCGGUGCCCCAACCCCGAGUGGCUCAUCGUCCUGGGCGUCUGCACCCACCUGGGAUGCAUCCCACACGCUGAUGCGGGCAUGUGGCACGGCUUCUUCUGCCCCUGCCACGGAUCGCACUACGAUCAUGCCGGUAAAACAGACAAUGAAUGAAUGAAUCACCACACACACACACACACACGGACCGCACGAACCGAGAAAGAAACACUCGUGUGUUCUGUGUGUUGCCUUUCUUUGCUGCAUUGCUUCAUUUCAUGCAGGCCGUAUUCGUGCUGGCCCUGCGCCGACCAACCUGGAGAUUCCUGAGUACGAGUGGGUCAGUGACACCGUCAUUAAAUUGGGGACGGACUGAGUGAUCGGUCAAGGAAGGGAUCGUCUAAGUGUGUGCGGAGGGAGGGAGGGCGAGGGAGGCUGGUGUGGUGUGCUUCGGUAGUGGGUGAGGGGCUGAGGGCUGAGUAUUUCGUGUCUCUCCAGCGGCGGGUGGUUUGAUUGAUGUGUGCACAUGCGCACCAUGACGCACGCUGUGGCACGUGUCGUUCCUUCGUCGACGGUCUUGUCUGCGGCUCCUGAGGCGCAUGGAGAAUGCGCCUCGGUGCGACAGGCAAGGCCAUGGACACAGGAAACGGCGUGUCUGUGGCGGCUUGUCAUUCUGGGUGGAUCCAUGGUUGGCUGUGGGUGAGAGCCUCUGCCUGCCUCCCUGCCUGCCUGCCUGUAUGCUCGUCUCGGUUGGUUGCUCUGCUUUCGAGAGAAGUGAAGUGAACCACACACAUGAGUGUCGGGCUUCAGCCGAGGGAGGGACAGAGGGAUUGAGCGAGCAAUGGCAAGAAAUGCCAUAAUUUGUUUGUACCAUCGUCGGUGCGUGAGAGCGUCAAGUGCAUGGGAGUGUGUGGCGGUGCAUGUCCGCGUCAGGCCGG